CAGUACACGUAUAAUUCAGGGCAGACGAUAAAAUUAAUUAUGAUCCUGCAAGUAUAUAAUAAUAUGAUCGCACGAGAAAGAAUAACAUUUAACGCAUUGCCGGAUGACAAUGCAAGAAUUGGUUAUGUUCGAGCUCUCGUGGACAGAGAUAGAACUUGGCGCGAAAGAUCGGACAUUAGUCAAAAACUAAUUUAUUGUGGUCUCUACGUGAGCGCCCUUAUUGUACUUGCUGUUCUUGGCUCGACUAAAUUUAAAAACAAUGAAGAAA